AUGGCAGCCACCAAGACUAUCCAAGUGCCCCAUCUGGGCGGCAUCACCGCCGGUUAUGCUCUAUCCAACGACCGGUACGACCCCGCCAAGCCGACGUGCGUCCUGAUCAACUCGAUGUGUACGACCGUGUCCCUGUACCGCGAUCAGUUCAGCGAUGCCGCCCUCACGGACGCCAUGAACCUGCUGGCCAUUGAGCCCCUGGGCCACGGCUCGACCAGCUGCCCGUCGGAACACUUCACAUACUGGGAUUCGGCAUGGAUGGCGCUGCAGGUGAUGGAUCAACUCGGCAUCGACAAGGCCUUUGCGCUGGGAACGAGCCAGGGAGGAUGGAUUGUGACGCGCAUGGCCCUGUUGGCUCCCGACCGGAUCCUCGGGCUGAUGCCAUUGGGAACCUCGAUGGAUUACGAAUCGGCCGACUCCCGAUCGAAAGGGUGCUGGGACCCCGUCCCCGUCCUCAAGCCCUUCUACGAGAAAUGGACCAGCGCUGUUCCGACGCCUGAUUUCCUGGUCGAUGACGUCUGGUGUGGCAUGGUCGGUGGCAUUGGGUUUGGCGCCAGUGCGUCGGAAGAGUUGAGUGUGUUCUGGACGAAGACCCUGAAGGAGGUCUACAGGGGAGACGAAGGCCGGAAGAAGGUCCGCAUGGCGGUGAUUUGCCUGUUGUCGCGCGAUGGACUGCUGCUCAGACUGGGUGAUAUCAAGUGUCCCGUGUACUGGUUACAGGGCACCGAGGAUACUCCAUUCGGCAAAAUAGUGCCAGCAGAGCAGAUCAAGCUCUUCACCUCGUCGCCCGAGGCCAAACUGGUCAUGAUCGAAGGGGGAGCGCAUUAUCUGAAUGCCACCAAUCCAAAGGAGGUGAAUGCGGCGCUAUUGGAGAUGGUGAACAAGUAUAAGUGA